AUGUCGAAGAUUUUGGUGGCAUCGGCGUCGAUUGGAGCGGUGGUGAUCACUGCUAUUUCAUUGCUUUCAUUUGCGGCUAUUGUCAAGGAUAUCAAUGGACUACAGGAGGAGAUUCAGAAGGGCGUUUAUGAGUUCAAGACAGUUUCCGACGAUGCUUGGACAAAAAUCUACAAUCUAAACGUCCCACACGGCUCCACCGAGGCUCCAUUCGGAACUAUGUUCGGCCGAAACAAGAGACAAGCCAAUCAACAAUGUCAUUGUGGCCCGCAGAAGCGUCAAUGUCCAGCCGGCCCGCCCGGCCCACCGGGGACAGCCGGAAAUUGGGGAGAUGAUGGACCCGAUGGAAAUCCUGGACCUGAUGGGGCACAAGGAAUCACACCACCAAAUAUCAAAGAGAUCGAUGUGCAUAAAUGCUUGGAGUGUCCGGCUGGACCCGCGGGGCCUCCUGGAGCUACUGGAUGUGAUGGACCUCCAGGAAAAGAGGGUCAACCCGGCAAACGAGGACCGGUUGGAGAGGAUGGACCCCCAGGGCCACAAGGAGAUAUUGGAGAGCAAGGAAGAAGUGGAUACGAUGGAAGAGAUGGACAUCCAGGAUUGCCAGGAAAUGAUGCAUUGGGUGGAGAGGCUGGAUUGCCUGGAAGACCUGGCAGAGCUGGAGAACAAGGAGAGCAUGGAGAGCCUGGAAAGGACGGUGACAAUGGUACUGAUGGCACUCCAGGGCAAGAGGGACAACCCGGAGAACAGGGAUUGCCGGGAAAUCGUGGAGAUGAUGGAACACCGGGAAGACCCGGAGAAGCUGGAGUCGCUGGCAAAGAUGGCGAGUAUUGCUCUUGUCCCUACAGUGCUCGCGUUGUCCGCAAAGUAGAACCAGAAGUGAAAAAGGUGAACGAGAAGAAAACAUUCCACCGUCAGCCACGUCAUCACCGAAACAGAGCCGCGAAAAGGCACAGAAGC